CCCGUCUCCAUAGUAAUGCAUGUAAACUGUCAGAAACAUGGCCACCGUGGUGAAGCUACAGAGGAAGAUAAACGGAAUUAAAGAAGAAUGUUUUAAUAGGAACAGGGUUGCUGAGGAAAACAGAAGAAAAGAACACAAGGCAGCUCUUCUUAUUCAGAGCUGGUUUAGAGGAUGCAGGGUGCGAGCAUAUCUCAGGCACCUACAACGGAAGGCAACUACUAUCCAGAAAAUAUGGAGGGGCUACCUUGGAAGAAUGUACUUCAGAAGAAUGGUGAAGACAGCAUAUUUUAUUAUGAAGAUGAAUUUCUACAAUGAGAUGGCCGUCAGGAUUCAGAAAAGAUGGCGAGCCUAUUAUGUACGGAAAUAUGUCCAUAAUUACUAUGCACUGAAGCAGUAUUUGGAAGGUCUCACCAUGACAAAUGAAAUUGUUAGAAGGGAGUUGGAGGAGUUUGCAGUGAUAAAAUCGAGAGAGCGGGAGAAAACAGCACUGGAAAGUGGAGAGAGGAAAAAGGAUUACCUAGCUCGAAAGAUGCAUUACCUCGUCAGCACUGAGCAGAUAGCAGGUGUGUUUAACUCACCGUACAAACUUUUCCCUGAUGAGAUGGAGUUCAGACUGCGUGGUGCCAAACCCCUGAGUCCUAAGGCAUCUCGGUCAAGAAAGGAUGGCACUGAGGGGACUGUGGAAACAUCAACACUUGGCACCCCUUUCACCUUACCUCAGAUUGAGCAUUUACCACCAAUUCCCAAAAAGAAACCGCAGGGGCCUUUCAGAGAUCCCGCUGAAGUAUUGCUGCAGCGCUACAAGCCUCUGGAGCCAACCUUGCGGGUGGCGACAUCAAUCACGUCAGUGGAGGAGGCCAGAGAGGAGCUGAAGAGAAAGGAGUGGGGGAGCCAGGUGAAUGACGAGUUAUUCCAUCAUUUCUCUAAUGCAAACAAGAACAGGAGACAUGAGCUGAUGCUUCACACAUCAUCCAAAUUUGGACAUGUUGACUAUGGCACCAAACACUUCAGAGAGGAAAACCCAGAGAAACUGAAAGGAAAGAAGGACUUCAAAAGGGUGUUCACAACAGUCCAAGUCUUUGACAAGUUUGGAAAAACAUAUUCCAGUGCUGGAAAAGCUGUUUGAAGAAAAUAUAUUUUUGGCUGGAACAAUUUGUGAAUUUUAAACAAAUAAAAUAAGC